UCAGUCUCCCCGCCUCUCGUCCUCGAUAGCAAAACUGAGAUUCCCGCCGUGCAGCACUCAAAACACUCCGACCAGAAACACAACCAGUCUGCGGGGAAAAGCAGCAGCCACGGGAAGAUCUGUUCCCGGCCUGGUGAGGUGACGUGAGUUACUAGGCGACGGCAACAAAGGGACUGGCUCGGGAUGGCUGGCAGUCAGGAGAGCAAUGCAUCCCUCCUCGAUGAUCAGACCACACUCUUGGAAAUUUCUCAAGCCGAAAGAUCCCAGAAUUAUGAAGAGGAGACAUUUUAUAAAAAUUGCAGAGCAGCCUAUUUAGCUGUCUUUAAAAGCAGCUUAGAAAACAUUAAAUCAAAAGAACAACUGUGUUUGGUACUUCAGCAAGCUGGAAGAAAUCCAUCUCAGAAGAUAGUUAAUAAAUACUGGACUCUCCAAAGCACCACACUGAAUUUUGAUGAUUUUUGUUUCAUUUUAAAAGAAGAAGAACCUGUUAAGAAAACACAGCUACUCAAAGCAUUUGCAAAAAUAGACGUAAAUAAUGAUGGCUGUAUUUUACAUAGUGAACUUCGUAAAAUCCUUACAACCAGAGGUGAAAAAAUGACACUUGGUGAAGUUAAUGCAAUCACUGAAUUGGCUGAAGUGAACAAGGAUGGAAAGUUUGAUUAUUACAAGUUUUGCAAAUUGUAUAUGACAACCAAUGAGCAGUGUCUGAAGAAUGCACUGGAGAAACUGGAGUUGGACAGUAAACUGAAGUGUCAGCAUUUUGGAAGUCAACUUGAGACUUCAUCAGAAACAGCUACAUCAUCAGCAUCAAAAACAUUAUCAAAAACUGCAAGGAAAACAGAAUCCAAAUCAAUACUAAAAAAAGGUCAAUGUAAGACUUCUUCACAAUGUUCCUCGGCUCCAAGUAGCAAAGCAUGUGUUUCUUCCACUAUCAGUAUGGGUGCCAGCAGCAACAAAAAUUCAAAGUUCAUUGAGGCAAAUGCAGCAAAGGAAUGGCAAUGUGUGCCGGCCAAAGGAUGCUUCUUCUUUCAGGACAAUGGAGAGAUAAUUAGUCAUAAAUAUAAGUUGCACUUGUCCCAGAGAUCUACAGUAUGUAUUACCAUUAAUCCUGUCAACCUUCACCAAAUGGAAGGAGAAUGCUCUCUCUGGUUAGCAGUGGACCCUGCUUUGUGUAUAUUUGAAGAAAAUGAAAUUGAAGAAAACAUUCAAGCUGUGAGCUUCACUGAGCUACGAAAUAAAGAGACUUUUGGUUGGAGAGGGGAACUUGAAGCUGGUGCCUAUUGGGUAAUUCCUUUCACUACCAGCUGUAAAUUCAGAAAAGCAAAAAAGCAAAUUAGAGAAGCCAAACUUGUGCACAGAAAUGGAGAUGGAAACUUUGCAGUUACCAAGGAGUUGCGAGCAGUCUUAUCAGAAAUAUUUGAAAUGAUUGAUUUGGAUGGGAAUGGCUUUCUCAGCCUGGAAGAAUACAACUUCUUUGAAAUGAGAACUAGUGGAGAAAAGUGUGAUGAAGACGCUUGGGCCAUAUGCAAAGAGAAUUUUGAUAUGAAGAACAAUGAGCUCACAAGACAGGGAUUUAUGGAUCUGAAUCUCAUGGAAGCCAGUGAACAAAGCGGCGAUCUUAGUGGCCUCUGGAUGACUUUGCAGUCAAUGGGCUACAAUAAAGCAUUGGAAUUGACUGAGGCGUGUCCUUUUUCCAUUCACAUCUAUGCAGAAAAGUGCAAACCCAGGAUUCAACCUGUUUGUUUAGAAACAGGUGGUGAGCAACUUAAGACUGCCAUUUGUAUGAGUGUGGUUAAUAAAGGAGAAGCUAAGCCAAUGGAUAUCAGUGAAAAUAUAAUUAUUCACACGUAUAAAAGUGAUACACGGAUCAUUUCUGUUAUUGAAAACAAGUCUGAAAGCAAAGCUGUAAUUCACCUCGACAAUGAGCAAAGUAAAAACUGUGUAAAUAAUAGAGGGCUCAACACUUUUGCUAUUGAAGUGGCACCCAACUCCAUGAUGGUCUGUCAGCAUGUGAUGCCUCAGAAUGACCAAGAAGAAUGGAUAUACAGCUGUGUUUAUUCUCUCUUGCCUUAAGCUAUUAUAGGUAGGAAAUGGCAUUCUCCUGGUUCUUGUAGAAAAGGUUCAAUCUUGUGCUACUCGUUGCUACACGGAUGGCUUGAUUUAUCUCAUCAUUUUUAAAACUAAGAGUCUGUUCCUUAUAUUGGAUCCACUUGUGAUUCUAGUUAUCUUUUCAAUAAUCUGUAUCACAAAUAACUUCUGCUUGAUUGUUACUGCCUUUCUGAACAGCUACAUACAUAAGCAGGGGAGUUAACAGAAGUAGCCUGAUCCAAAAAGUAAGUUCUAAUGGUCCUAGACAUUUCUGUGCAUAAUGAGAUAGCAGAGCACAAUAUGAAAAUGAUGCUUCACUGUCUUUCAGGUCUGAUUUCAAAACUGCAGCUCUCUGUGGUUGCAAAGCUAAAUCUUGUAAUGAGCUGUCUAUGGCCCUUUUAUAUGGGAUUUGGGCCUAGCAAUGGUCAAUCAUGCAUUCAUAAUCUUAAACCUAUACUAUUGCUGCAUGUUCUGUUUACCACUGGUCUUGAAGACUCUGCAGAGACUGUAUCUGGUGCAGAAUUAACCAUUGGUUCUUACCUGAAAGGUGAUUUUACUGGAUGCCAGUCCAUCAUAUGGGUUAGUCUGCCAUCUGAUGUCUAAG